AUGUCUCGCUCCAAGGUCGAGAACCCAGACGACGAUGCGCGGUUUGAUUUCUGCUAUCGAUUGCGGAAUUGGGAGCAGCUACAGCUACAGGCACACUAUCAGAGGAGGCGGCCUGAGCCAGCACCACCAAAAGCCUCCUUUGCAGUCAGAGAAGCAAAAUGGUCAAGUCUGUUUGACGUUUGCAGACUGCCCUUCUUGCACCGAUCGAAGAGCUACAGCUCCCUUGGAUCCCAGGCUCCAAUCCUCAGAAACAAGCCGACCGCUGAACAGUCCGAAGCGAACGAACUCGUUGUCCCAAAAGCCGAUGUUCUAGGCGCCAUGCUGCUACGUGCUGUCUGUACCGGCAACUUCGAGCUUGUGGCCUCGUUGCUCUAUGCCAAAGCCAACGUUCAUAUGGAAGAUGUGUUUGGAUUUGGCUCAAUGCACUACGCAGCCCGAUAUGCAAGCCCUGAGAUUGUGCGGUUGCUUGCUCGAACUGGACCUUACGUCAACAAGACCGAUGAUUCGGGCAUGAGUCCAUUAUGCCAUGCAGUGAAAAUUGGGAGGUCUGACGUCGUGCACUGCCUUCUUGAGCUCGGCGCAGAACUACGGUUCGAUCAUCUCGAGCACUGCGUCUCCACUGGUGACAGCGAGACAGCCGAAGUCUUGCUAGACCACUGGACCAAAGAAAACAGGCAUUUGGACUCACUGGACGUGUUACUCCUCACAGCGACACAGACCCGGGACAGAGAUAUGAUCGAGCUGCUCCUGGAACAUGGCGCAAGGGCUCUGGCCAGAGACGAGGCUGGCAGGACUGCCAUGUCCAUAGCGUCUGGCAGAGGUGACAGAGAAAUCGUACAGCUGUUGUUCGAUUACGGAGCUGAGCCUGGUUGGAGUCAUGUGCAGAGUAAGAUGUUGAGCGAGGUGGCUCGGUAUAGACAUAUUGCCAUGGUUGAGACGUUGCUGUCGAAGGGGCGGUGA